CUCCCAGGAAGCAUAGUGAACAUGGCGGCGGAUUCACGGCGUGAUGGCGUGGUAGAGGGUAUGUUCAUUCGAUGACACUAUUUCUUCCGGCCAAGUUAAGUUAUUUUGGCUGACUGGAUGAUACUAACGUUGAUUCUUCGCACUGCGAAAGACGUUGAAAAUGGAGCCAUGGAUACUACAGUAACUGCUGCCGAUGAUUCUCAACUAUCCGACAACGAUGGCGGCGAGCGCCCUGUUCGAAAUAAACUCAAGGAAACAUCCAUUACGUCGGCCCCUAAAAGCUCUGCAGAGGGGAAUUCUGAUGAGGAGGUACGGGAUGGUGAAUCUAGCCGGGAAAGUAGCCGUGGCCGGAAGCGCUCUUUCAAUGACGACCCGACAGAGAAGGUUGAGGACGAGGCAGGCCACAGGCGGAAACGGUCGCGCGACUCUAGCACGGAAGAGACAGCGCCAAAAGUAGAUGAAGUUAAUCCACUGGGGUUGAAGAAAAAGAGGAGCAGGGAGCAACUUGAUAAGGACUACUCGAAAACAGUGGGUGUUGCAGAAAUCGCAGAUUCUAAGGAUUCGACAGAGGAGGGCAAAACCGCAGCCAAGUCGGGCGCCGAAGGCGAACCGGAGAAGAAAAGGCAUCGAGACGAUUCCCAGGAACGGGAUCCGGCUCCCAUUCCCAGCGCGUUCGCAAAUGUUUCUUCUGUAUCUCCUUUCGGAUCUCUUGGUGCAUCGGCAUCCAAGGGACCCUCGGACGCAAAACCCGUCACUUCCGCUUCUGCGUUUGCCUCGUCAAGCCUUGCUGCCUUUGCGGGCUCGGAAAAAUCACCCUUUGGCGCUUUGGCGAGUUCCACACCCUCUGUGUUUAAAUCGCCGCCUACCUCAACCCCUUCAGAGACACAAAAGCCUAUGGCUUCCGGAUUUGCGGCGUUAGGUUCCGGGUUUUCUAGCUUCAGCGGUGGCUUUGGGGCCGCUGGCUCAGGUGGCGGUUUGACCAGCUUCGCCUCUCCAAACGCACCUAGUGCCCUCGGAAGUUCCAGGCCGAAGGCAUUCGGAGCUGGAGAUGAAGGAUCUGACGAAGACGAGAAGAGGGAGGACGACGAGGAAUCUGGACCCGCGGAAUUCGCAGAAGAGAAGGCCGACGAACGAUUCUUUGAGCGGCCAACCGAGACCGGCGAAGAAGAAGAGAAAACAUAUUUCAGCUGUAAGGCCAAACUAUUCCAAUUUUCCGAUAAGGAGUGGAAAGAGCGCGGUGUUGGCACAUUCAAAGUCAACGUUCGAGUUUCCAACGGCGUAGAGGACAAGAAAGCGGCCCGUAUGAUCAUGCGCGCAGAUGGCGUCCUCCGAGUCAUGCUGAAUACUCCCCUCUUCAAGGGCAUGACAGUUGGCGAUGCGUCGGGCAAGGAACCGAAAUCUAAGCAGAUCACUCUGGCGAGCUUGGAGAAUGGCCGUACUAUUCCUAUCUUACUUCGGACUGGAAGCGAAGACCAUGCCAAAGAACUGUACCAUGUCCUCCAGGACCUCCUGGAGCACUUGUAAGCUUAACUCGCAACGCUAAAUAUAAAAUAAAAACCAUAAAACUACGCACCAAGAGAGCCUUGGAUUGAAAGUUUGAUAUUUUAGCUUGGGGGAGAUCGGGAUGGCUUUCUUUGCAUUGGGACUGAGGAGUACCGUUUUGGCGGGAACUGGCUGACUAUAAAUGCUUGUUUUUUAUUUAUUCAUUCAUUCAUUCCUUUGUUUUGGAUAUUGCUUUCUAUUUUUAGCCUGAAUAUAUUCUCUUCUUGCUACCUCCUUGACAGACUCUAGCUCGCCCUGAAUCCAG